CUCAGCGGCAGUGGAAGUUGGUCAACCCGCGGUGUUGGCGGUGUAAGCAGCGACUCGUACAUUCAACAGGACGGACUCUUUUCGUCACGCAGUCGCCAAAGAGAUCGAUACGACUCAUACUCGACAAACGGCUUGUUCGGUGAAUCCAGUUGUAGUUGUUCUUCAAGCUACAGUGGAUUGUUGGUAAUUGUGUUGUACAUGUUUGGUGUUAUUACUAUUAUAUAUGCAAAAAAUAACCUCCCUCCGUGUCAUCAAAUUCCAAAACUACUCUGCUGUACUGAGAGUGUUCUUGACAAAUGUCUCUCCGGUUGCAUUGCUUAUGUAACGGAUAAGUGUCCACAAAAGUUACACAAGUUUGAGAAAAUUAUGCCGACAACAACAACAACAACAUUGUCGCCAGUUGACAAUUCGUUUUUCUUACCGAACGACGCUGCAAUUCUUAAGAUACUGGAUGAUAUGGAGAAAAGAAGUAAAAAUUAUAUGUCAAAAUCGGGUACAAAACCAAAAGUUUCUGGUGUUAGUUUUGUUGAGGAAGUCGAAGACGCAGCGAAACCAACAGAAGGAUUCUUCGAGGAGAAAAAGGUGGAAGAGCCAAACGAAGUUGUGCCGCUGACAAGCUAUAAAGAAGAUCGCAAGUCAUCAUCACUGUCAGUGGAUUACAAUCGUCUUAAUCAACAGUAUCCAGUAACUGAGGUUACAGAUGCUGAUUUAACAUCUGAUUGUGGUACAGAGUCGUCUCGGCCACCAUAUUCUCCGUGUUUAUCCAGGAAGCUUGUUGAUGAACAGUUCCUUAGUUGUUGUCGACAGCACGUCCCAUCCAGUUGCCACAGUUUAUGUACAUUUGAACACAGGGAACAUGUGGCUGCGGAAACGUUAAUUCAGGCCGUACAACAGGAUCAGUGCAAUUUAAAAUAUUUAACAAAGAUUUUAUAUUGUGCAAAUCGUAACAGAGAUAACAGAAAAUGUUGCGAGUAUUUGGGACUGGCAUCAUCGGAACUUGGAGUCGGCGAACGCUGUCUUCGAAUGUGUAAUGUGGGACAAUCGGGUGAUCGGAUUGGGACAGUUGAAAAGAACGACUUAGUUUGCCUGAGUAAUUGGAAUGUGAUAAUGUACUGUGCACGCGCUGGACUUCGCACAAUUAACUGAUG